GAUGUCAUCACGUUGGACGUCAUUACGUUUAAUGGUACGUUGCGCGCGGGAGCUUUGAGUUUCACUUGACAGAAACACGAAGGCGGCAGGUUUUCACACAUAGAUCAUGGCUAUGAGAAGCGAGGUCGGGGUGGAGAAGGAGGUAGAGGAGGAAGAAACCUUUGGGCCCCAGCUUCUGAGCAGACUGGAGCAAUGUGGAAUCAGUGCCAGUGACAUCAAGAAGCUGGGGGACGCAGGUUUCCACACCAUCGAGGCCGUGGCCUAUGCACCCAAGAAGGAACUGCUCAACAUCAAAGGCAUCAGUGAGGCCAAAGCUGACAAAAUCCUAACGGAAGCUGCCAAACUUGUGCCGAUGGGUUUCACCACAGCUACUGAGUUCCACCAGAGGAGAGCAGAGAUCAUCCAGAUCUCUACGGGCUCCAAGGAGCUCGACAAACUCCUGCAGGGUGGGAUCGAGACCGGCUCGAUCACAGAGUUGUUUGGAGAGUUUCGGACAGGGAAGACCCAGCUGUGCCACACGCUCGCUGUCACCUGUCAGCUGCCCAUUGAUCAUGGGGGGGGGGAAGGUAAAGCCAUGUACAUCGACACAGAGGGGACCUUCCGACCAGAGAGACUCCUCGCUGUGGCUGAGAGGUAUGGGCUGUCAGGCAGCGACGUGCUGGACAACGUGGCCUACGCCCGAGCCUUCAACACAGACCAUCAGACCCAGCUGCUGUACCAAGCCUCCGCCAUGAUGGCUGAGUCCAGGUACGCUCUGCUGAUAGUGGACAGUUCCACGGCUCUGUACAGAACCGACUACUCCGGCCGAGGGGAGCUGUCGGCCCGACAGGGACACCUGGGCCGCUUCCUCCGCAUGCUGCUCCGGCUGGCAGACGAGUUUGGCGUUGCCGUGGUGAUAUCCAACCAGGUGGUAGCCCAGGUGGAUGGAGCAGCCAUGUUUUCUGCAGAUCCCAAAAAACCAAUUGGAGGCAACAUUAUGGCACACGCCUCCACCACACGUCUGUACCUAAGGAAAGGCCGGGGAGAGACGAGGAUCUGUAAAAUCUACGACUCGCCGUGCCUGCCGGAGGCUGAAGCGAUGUUUGCCAUUAACCCUGACGGAGUGGGCGAUGCCAAGGACUGAGCUGGCGGAGAGGCAGCGGGGUGGUGCUAAAUGUUGCGCUCACACCUGCUGCCACCUUGGACUACAUUGUUGUGUGUGUGUGUGUGUGUGAUCCUCACCAACACUACCAACUUCAAACAAAGCCUUCGUCGUAGGUUGUCUGAUUUGGUUCGAUGCCAAUUGAGCCAGAGUCGAAAAGAUGAUCCAGAAUGCAGAUCCCGGCCCUCUGGAGCGCCGCGGUGCACCCACAAGAUGGAACUUUUUCUUUCAUAACUGAAGCCCAUUUCACUCAACAGACGUUUUCCUAUUAUAAACUACAUGGUAUCUCAAAAUUACAGGAUCUGUUAUACUAUUGCGGGAUACUACUUUAUAAUAACAUGAUUGGCAUCUCAUCUCAGUUAUGAGUUAGUAUCUCCAUAAUUGCACAAAAACUUCAUGAGGUCUUUAUUGCAUAAGUACAAGAUCUCUAUCUCAUAAUUACACAAAUGUAUAGUCUAAUAUGACUGAGAGGUCGAUUACUUCAUCAUUAGAUCUUUUUUGCGUAAUUACUAAAUAUCUGAUAAUUAAGACAUACCAAGUCCUAAUUUGAAGAAAAA